AUGGCUCAGGCAGAGGCCCAGAAGUGCGUCCACCAGGGCUGUGGAAAGCUCUUCACCGACCCCGAUGAGGUCUGCCGCUACCACCCCGGCCCUCCCAUUUUCCACGAGGGACAGAAAGUUCGCCAAGCUAACCACGGCGUAUCUGCCUCCCGGCCUGCAGGAUGGAAAUGUUGCAAGCCGCGUGUCCUGACCUUCGAGGAGUUCAUGGCCAUCCCGCCCUGCACCGAGGGCAAGCACAGCACGACGGAUGUGCCGCCGCCGAUCGAGAAGAGGGAAGCCGACCCGGCCGCCGUGGCCGCUGCAACCGCCGCUUCAGAACUUCCUCCGCCCCCGAAACGCGCGCCCAUAUCCCAGCCGCAGCACAUCCCCACGCCCCCUCCUCCGCCGCCCGAGUCCGAGGAUGAUGACCCGUCCAUCGAAAUUCCCGACGGCCAGGUAUGCCGGCGGCGCGGUUGCGGUGCCGUCUACAAGAAGGGCAGCAGCCGCGAGGACGAGAAGUGUGUGCAUCAUCCGGGCGCGCCAAUCUUCCACGAGGGCAGCAAGGGCUACACCUGCUGCAAGCGGCGCGUGCUGGAGUUUGAUCAGUUCAUGAAGAUCGAGGGCUGCAAGACCAAGAACCGCCACCUGUUUGUCGGCAGCGGCAACAAGGAUAAGAACAAGAACACCAAUGCCGACGGCGAGGAGGUUCUAGACACUGUGAGGACCGACUUCUACCAGACUCAGACUUCCGUGAUCGCCUCAUUCUUCCUCAAGAAGAUCGACAAGGACAAGGCCAAGGUUGAGUUCCAGGAUCGGGCUGUUGAUCUUGACCUGCGGACUACCGACACCCCCGUCAAGCGGUAUAAGAAGUUGGUGCAGCUGUGGGGUGCCAUUGAUCCUGCCAAGUCGACCUUCAAGGUCCUGGGGACAAAGCUGGAGGUGUCCCUUGCCAAGGCCGACGGUGCUUCCUGGCCCGUCCUGCGCGCAGAGGACCGCCCGACGGGUGAAAUCCUGCAGGUUGGCCGUGCCGGGAGGGUGUAG